CCGGUAUCCAGUCUCUUUCUGGCUAUGACAACAGGAUCAAAAUACAUCAACAUCACAGGAGCAACUAUCGCGGUCAAGUACCUGUGGCCAUUUGGGACAAAAUGGGAGGAACUUGACUCCAAUAGUUGCUCCUCAUUAGGAAAGAUGGCGUCGGGCCGAUGUGAGUGCGCGAGCGUUGUCAAAAGGCCUGAU